AUGCUGCAUUUACUGUGGCUGCUGCUGCCGAUAUUAUGCCGAGUUGAUGCCGGUCAUGCUUGGAUUGCAAGCAACUUUCUCAUGACGGGUUCCAAGGCUUAUCUUACCUACGCCAGGAGCGUGCAGGUGGGUACGCAGCGUGGCCUGGACGAGUGCAAACAGCAGUUUAUGUGGGAGAGAUGGAACUGCUCUGACAGCGCUGUCCAGCUUAGAGGACUCAGGCAUGCCACCAGAGAGACGUCUUUUGUAUAUGCCAUCAGUGCUGCAGGAGUCAUGUACACCCUGACCAGGAACUGUAGCAUGGGGGACCUGGAUAACUGUGGAUGUGAUGUCUCAAGAAAUGGCCAAAUUGGUGGACAAGGCUGGCUCUGGGGUGGCUGCAGUGAUAAUGUGGAUUUUGGGGAGAGGAUUUCCAAACAGUACGUGGAUGCACAAGAGACUGGUCAGGACUCCAGAGCUGCUGUCAACCUGCACAACAAUGAAGCCGGACGUCAAGCGGUGAAGGCCACCAUGAAGCGCAUCUGCCGAUGUCACGGCAUGUCUGAGAGCUGCAGCGUUCAAACCUGCUGGACGCAGCAGUCCGACUUCAGAGAAAUUGGCGAUUAUCUAAAGGUUAAGCAUGGCCAGGCCCAAAAACUGGACAUCGACAAGAAGCGCAAAAGGGCCGGCAACAGCGCUGACAGCCGUGGUGCCUUUGUGGACGCUUUCAGCAGCAUCACCCAGAGUGAACUCAUCUACCUUGAGGACUCCCCCAAUUACUGCAAGAGAAACGCCACUCUCGGGUUGUACGGCACGGAGGGCCGCGAGUGCGUGCAGCACGGAGAGGGCCUCACCCAGUGGGAGAGAAGGAGCUGCCGGAGACUUUGCCACGAAUGCGGCCUGAGGGUGGAAGAGAAGCGCACUGAGGUGGUGAGCAGUUGCAAUUGUAAGUUUCACUGGUGCUGCAAGGUGAACUGUGAUGACUGCUCACAGGUCAUAGUAAAGCACAUCUGCGCCAGGAGGGAAGGGACUGACGGCCUCAGACGCAGAUAUCGUGGCCCCAAAUAA